AUGGUAUUGACCGCAUUUCUGAGCCUUCUCGCCGCGACCGCCCAGCUGGCCGCAGCUGUGAGUGUCUCUGGCUCUGCCGAGGGCUUCGCGGAAGGAGUCACUGGGGGAGGGAGUGCGACAGCCGUGUACCCUACCACUACGGAUGAGCUGGUAUCCUACCUCGGUGAUUCGUCCGCAAGGGUCAUUGUUCUGGAGCAGACCUUCGACUUUACGGGCACUGAAGGAACCACCACCGCGACUGGAUGCGCGCCUUGGGGGACUGCAUCUGCCUGUCAGCUCGCCAUCAACCAGGACGACUGGUGCACCAACUACGAGCCUGACGCUCCGAGUGUUUCUGUGACCUACGACAAUGCCGGUAUUCUCGGUAUCACCGUGGCAUCGGACAAGACCAUUCUGGGAGUCGGAUCCAGUGGGAUCAUCAAAGGCAAGGGUCUUCGCAUUGUCAGCGGUGCCAGCAACAUCAUCAUCCAGAACAUUGCCAUCACAGACAUCAACGAGAAGUAUGUCUGGGGAGGAGACGCCAUCACCCUCGAUGACGCUGACAUGGUGUGGAUUGACCAUGUUACCACUGCUCGCAUCGGUCGUCAGCACGUCGUCCUCGGCACCAGCGCCGACAACCGCGUCACCAUCUCCAACUCGUACUUCGACGGAGUGACCAGCUACAGCGCUACCUGCGACGGCUACGCCUACUGGGGCCUGUACUUUGACGGCUCAGCCGACCUGGUCACCCUCCAGAAGAACUACAUCUACCACUUCAGCGGACGCAGCCCCAAAGUCCAGGGCAAUACCCUCCUGCAUGCAGUCAACAACUACUGGUAUGACUCGGACGGGCACUCCUUCGAGAUCGGCAGCGGCGGGAUGGUGCUGGCCGAGGGCAACGUCUUCCAGAAUAUUGAAACCCCCGUCGAGUCCCCGGUGUCGGGAGAGCUGUUCACCUCGCCGGAUACCACCACCAACGAGGUCUGCGCCACCUACCUGGGCCGCGACUGCGUGGUCAACGGGUUUGGUAGCUCGGGCACCUUCUCGGAGGCGGAUGAGUCCUUCUUGGUCAAUUUUGAGGGCAAGAAUAUCGCCACUGCCUCCGCUUACACGGCGAUUCAGACGACCGUGCCGAGUGAUGCGGGGCAGGGCAAUCUCUGA